AUGCAUCAAUCUUCUUUUUGUUCAACAAACAACAAGCCGCAGCAGACACCUUACCAAAUGACUAACCCCUUUGCGGUGCGUUGUUCGAAGGCGACGAUGCUACGUAAUAUCUAUAGUGGUUGUAUUCCAGUUAUUAUUGAACCUGUUGAUCAUAUGUGGAAUAGUGGGGUAAGUUAUCAUAACAACAAUAGUACUUCCUCUCCAUCAAAGAAACCCCUUCACAACAGAGAAGAGAGAAUGUGUGGAAUUGACAAUCCUAAGGAAGUGAAUAGCACUGUUGUGAAAGAUGACAAGGGAUUAGAUGGAGAGGGGAAGGCUUCUUCCUCCUCUUCCUGUGCACAAUUAUUUUCCCCUCAUCCCUUGCCCACCAGGGAGCCAUGGAUAAAAAAGGGAUAUGAUGGUAGCACUGCCGACGAGAAGCAGAAGAACGGUGUUGGAGUUAACAAAAAAUCUCUCACGGGAAGGGGAGGUUGCUCCAAGAUAGAUAAAGUUCAGAAAGUUGAUCAGAGGACGCUUCUUUCCUUCUUCAGAAGCAGCCCUACGCUGACAGGUCAGGAUCGUGUUGAUUGUACCUCAAACUCAGCACAGCCUGAAGUAGAGAAGAUUUCUUGUAAAAAGCGAAAUACCUUCACCCCUCCCUCACUACCUUUUCCCUCAUCCACCACUUUUUUAUGCACUCAGUCGUUUAGAUUGGUGUUACCCAUGGAUAAAACGGUCGGAGAGGUGAUUCUUUUACUUCGGGAGCGUCUUGCACUUAGCCCUCACGAGGCGAUCUUCCUUACCGUUGUCAGCCCUAAAUUGUGUACGGCGGAUUCAAUCGGCUUUUCAAUGCCCCCUAAUAACACUACAUUGGGCGUGCUUUACGAGCAAUACCGAAACCCGGAUGGAUUCUUGUAUAUUGCUUAUUGCAUGGAAAACACAUUUGGUUGA